AUGAAGGCCACCGUCGUCCUCUCCCUCGCCAGCCUGGCCUUCGGCCACGUGCUUGAGAACCGUGCUUGCCCCGGCAACAACUGCAACCGCCAGGUCACCGGUACCCGUGCUGGUCUCCCGGCCUUGACUGCCCGCUCGGCCGACUGCUCUGCCUUCCUGGCUAAGACCGUCACCCCGACCACCACCCGUACCCGUACCUCCACUGUCUACACUCAAGUCCCCUCUGACGGUGGCUGCGUCCCCGAGGUCACUGCCCGUGCCGUCGAGGCCCGCCAGGCCACCUCGGCCUCCACCUCGGUGAUCCCCACCUACGCCGCCGCGUGCAAGGAUGCCGACGCCUACUCCGCCGCCUGCUCGUGCCUCGGCGUCACCCAGGGCCCUACCAGAACCGCCCGCGGUCCCCGCGUCACCGUCACCACCACUCUUCCCGCCACUUCGUGCGCCGCCAACGCCGUCGCCGCCGUCCCUACCUGCGCCCUCGAGUGCUUCCAGGCUCUGUACCCCAAGUAUGGCUGCACCGGCUUCGACGACCUGAAAUGCCAGUGCGCUGUCUUCGAGACCCUUGGCACGGAGGUCACCCCUUGCACCCUCGAGAAGUGCUCGCGCGCCGAUGUCGAGAAGAUCUUCCCCGCCGCCCAGAACGGUUGCGCUUGCUAUUCGGCCUCGCUCGGCCUCCCCAAGCCUUCCGCCACCACCGCAUAA